UAUUGUCCAAAUUUCCAAAAAUAAUUAAAUAUACUUUCUUAAAAUUAUCCUCUUCCCCUUCCCUUUGGUUUUGCAGAAACCGAGAAGCAGAGCCGACUAUCCGAGCAACUGAAGCGCCGAAGUCCGAACAGGAGCACCGAGCAGUCGACAGUCGAGCACCGCCGUCGCCCGUCCGCCGCGUCGCCGCCAGUCCGCCACAGCUUCAAUCCUUCGAUCCACUAUUGCACAAUUGGACAAAUUUCAGCAGACUAGAGACGGACUUGAAAAUGGCUGAUGAAGCAAACAAAAGUGCUUUUAUGGAAAUUCAAGGUCGCAUGAUUGACCUUACUGGGAGAAUAAAGCAGGUUCACACCCAAAUUCGAAAUAAGGAAGGGGAAAAGAAGCGGGCGUAUUUGACAUUGGAGGAACUGCGGAACAUAUCUGAUGGCACUGUUACCUACAAAUCUAUAGGAAGAACGUUUGUCUUGGAGCCCAUGCCUGUGUUAAUUGAUGAGCAAGAGAAGAAGUUCAAGGAUAGUGAAGUUGCAAUUUCAUCUUUGCAGAACUCUAAGGAAUACUUGGAGAAGCAGAUCGGUGAGGUGGAGAAUAACCUGAAAGAGCUAUUACAACAGGAUCCUGGACUUGCCCGCCAGAUUAUGUCCAUGUCGGUGUGAUGUGUAACGUUACCGUGCUUCUUUUACUCUUCUUGCUGAUGCAUGUCAUAUAUAUACUCUUUGUUGGGCAUUAUAUGAUUUACAAACUUCCCCGGUUGACUCCCUACUCACUUUUGUGUGUACUACGCACCCGUUCAUUUCUUUUUUGAGUGUAUUACCGUUUGUUCAGAUUUGCUAUCUGGAAAUUUUCAUGGCGUAGUUCAAGCAAGUUCUGGU